AUGACUCCACAAAAGGUGAUGGGUGCAGGAAUAAGCAGCGUUAUUCAACAUCUGACCUCCGCUCCUCACCUAAAAAGACUGUGGCUUUACAAAGUGAAGAUGACUCCACAAAAGGUGAUGGAUGCAGGAAUAAGGAGCCUGAUUCAUCAUGUGAAGUGCACACCCAACCUGAAGAGACUGUGGCUUGACGAUGUGAAGAUGACUCCACAAAAGGUGAUGGAUGCAGGAAUAAGCAGCUUGAUUAAACAUAUGAACUGCGCUCCCAACCCGAAAAGACUGUGGCUUGAUUAUGUGAAGAUGACUCCACAAAAGUUGAUGGGUGCAGGAAUAAGCAGCAUGAUUCAUCAUGUGCAGUGCGCUCCUAACCUGAAGAGACUGUGGCUUGACAAUGUGAAGAUAACUCCAUAAAAGGUGAUGGCUGCAGGAAUUCAACAUCUGAGCUGUGCUCCUAACAUAUAGAGACUGGCUUACCAAUGUGAUCAAGACACCAGUACGCGAGUUUAGCUUCACAGCUGCGGUCAAGUACAAAAGAUAGAACUAUACAAAAACAAUGGAGAAAACGCUCUUCUAGGUACAAGAGUCGACAGCUUAAUUCAACAUCUGAGCUGUGCUCCUAACAUACAGAGACUGGCUUACCAAUGUGCUCAUGACACCAGUACGCGAGUUUAGCUUGACAGCUACGGUCAAGUACAAAAGAUAGAACUAUACAAAAACAAUGGAGAAAACGCUCUUCUAGGUGCAGGAGUCGACAGCUUAAUUCAACAUCUGAGCUGUGCUCCUAACAUAUAGAGACUGACUUAUCAAUGUGCUCAUGACACCAGUACAUGAGUUUAGCUUCACAGCUGUGGUCAAGUACAAAAGAUAGAACUAUACAAAAACAACGGAGAAAACGCUCUUCUAGGUGCAGGAGUCGACAGCUUAAUUCAACAUCUGAGCUGUGCUCCUAACAUAUAGAGACUGACUUAUCAAUGUGCUCAUGACACCAGUACGUGAGUUUAGCUUCACAGCUGUGGUCAAGUACAAAAGAUAGAACUAUACAAAAACAAUGGAGAAAACGCUCUUCUAGGUGCAGGAAUUAGCAGCUCGAUUCAACCUCUAAGCUGCACUCCCAACCUGAAGAGACUGUGGCUUAACAAUGUGAAGAUAACACCACAAAAGGUGAAUGAUUUAACAGCAGUGGUCAAGAAGACCAAAAUAUACAACAGAAAAAAAAACAGACAAGAAACAAGAGAAAAGUCAAAAAGUAUGAUGACAAUGAAGUCUUGUUUUAAAUAUGUUUUAUUCAAAACUUAGCUAGCAUAGCUAACAGUGUGGUAUCUACUUUAUCAUCAGAUGUGUUUCAACGAGUGUGUGUUACUACUUCACUGUGAUUCUUAUUCGUGUAUAAAGAAAACGUUUGUUAAUUAUAUUAUCUUGGAAUAUCCCAUCUUUAAUACUCUAAAUGAAGAUAAUAAAAUAAUUAUCAUUUCUUCUUUUGUAAUAACAUAGACCCUUUUAUCUGUAAGAAAAAAAUAGGUUAUUUUGUUUUCCAGUCUUUCAAUAAAAGGAAACAAGAGUCAGGAUGUUGUAACUAAUUAUUAUUAUUUAUAAUGUAAUAAUUAUUUCUACUAUUAUCCUUUAUUUAUUAUUAUUUAUUUUAAUUUUUUUUCUUCUAUGCAAUACCAUCUAUGUAAAUGGGAAUGCAAAUAAAGAUUGUUGCUGUUGUUGACAAUGAGUGAAACUGAACUUAAAGAGAAAGAAAUAACAGAAUAAACAGAUAAGAAACAAGAGAAAGGUAAAAAAGUACAUGACUAUGAUCAAUUUUUAGUUUAUAUGUGGCUAAAUGUAAUUUAGGCAAGGUUAAUCUCAAGCUAAUGCUGCCAGCCGUCUCGCCCAGUUUGCACAUGAUCUGUGGGGGCGCCCUUAGAGUUCGCAAGGGCAAACUACAUACAGCCUUGCCCUCUAGCGAUCGUUACGAUCAGUGCUUUUGUGAGCGAAUCUUUGCGGAUUCAUUAGCCUUCAUCAGCCUUCCAGCCUGUAAUUUUUUUUCCGUUAUGCCUCGUUCAACUCAAAACAGUCAAGCGACACCUCUUGUCAAGGUUGAAUCUGAUGGGAAUCAUCCGUCUUCAUACAGUGACGUCAGUGUGUCUGCGACUGGAUGACUGCUUAGGAGAUGGAACUUAUUUAAGGGGGAGUUUAUAAGAUUCCUAUAAUUAUUUAACAAUGUUUUAUUCAACACAUGGGUGGCAGCAACUAACAGUGAUGUAUCCACUUUUAUCAUCAGAUGUUUUCAAUGGCUGAAACUAAAGAGAAAGAAAAAACACACAGCUGCAAGUGUACUUUCCAACAAAACCCCACACCAAAAGAUAAUGCGCUCACUGACUAAUGAAGAUCACACAGAUAAAAUUGAAACGACCAAUCUGAUCGAAGCCCUUGAUAAAUACACACAUAAAAAACAUCCUCUUGUCACAGGCUUGCCAAAUCACCAGUCAACCCCAACGUUUACAACUAGUUUGCCCAACAUGGUUUUUAAAGAGCCCUGAUGACACUUCUUACAUCUGUCACCCCAUUUCAACAUCCUACCAAGUUUAAUAUUUUACCGAGAAUUUUGUGGGCAGUAGCUAAUUGUGUUAUAACGUAUCCAUUUUUAUCAAAUUAUAAACCUUCUUAUUCAAUAAAUAUCUUAUUGACCACAUGUGGGCCUAUCUGCACUGUGGCUUAGAAAUAUUAAUGACUUUUUUAUUAAUUUUUCUGAGUUUUUGUGGGCUUCGUAUUUGUCGUCACAGCCUGUAAGAAUGAACUCCCAUAAGUAGAAAAUUCUCUUAAAGUUUGCUUCCAAAUCCUCAGCAGUUUUGUUUUAAUAGUGUUUUACUCAAAAUUUGGCUGGCAGUAGUGUGUUGUAUCCACUCUUAUAAUAAGAUGUGUUUUAACAGGUCCUUCUGAAGCAAAAGAGAAAGAAAAAACACAGCUGCAAGAAGAGUUUAAAUUAAAGGACUGAAAACUCGUAGAAGUAGCACAGUCUCUAAGCCUCUACUAUAUGCUUAAUCAGUUGGCCAGUCACUAAGACAUUAACUUCAACCUGACCCACCGGCACUUAAUAAGAGCCACAAAAAAUAAUAAGUUACCAGUAAUAGUAUGUAGUGCAAUUCUUUCUCCAAGCCAUGUGAAAAAACACUGCCAUCAGCACAUUUGAAUUGCAUGUUACGUUGUUUUUUUAUUUUGAGAAACAUUAUUAGGCCAAUAAUAGCUUGUUUUCCAGAAAGCCCAAGGAAAUUAAUUUCACCACACAAAAGGAAGACAGUGGCUGUUUCUUGGACAAAAAACAAGGAGAUUGCUUUAGUGCAAUAUAUAGCAUUGUUAAUUCUUGCAACCUAAAGCAGAGUGAGUGGCCAACGUUUGGUGUAUUGGGCGAAAGCUGCAGCAUUCAUUCAUUAGGUGGAGUCAGAAUUAUUCUUUCAAAACAGGAAAGCCAGUUGUGAAAAUAUCUCCAAAGGUAAAAUGUAACAUCUCAAAUUAUAUUGUCUUUACUUUUUUCUUUCUUGCAUUACUCUGUUUUUCUGAGUUCUUUUAUAUGUCUGCCUACCACUAUUGUAUAGAGAUUUUUAUGGAGUAUGCAACCUCAUGAGUUGUUCCUUAAAAAAUAUAAUAAUUAUUACGUAUAUUUGUGUUCUUUACAGAUCAUAAGGAAUGUGAUUAUGGCAAGACAACAUCAGGACGAAAGCUUAGCCUUGUGAGACAUCCCUUUCCAGACAAAAACAGGGAAAGGUUUUAUUACUGA